AACAGAAAAUGGAGAAGACAGUUAAAAGUUUUUGAUUGGCUACUUCGAACAUUGGCGCGUUUUUGCAAUCUUAUGAGGCUUCAAUAUAACCUCAAAAUUUUAUAAGGGAAAAUAAGCCCUUGGCUUAGUGCAAUUACAUGUCCUAAAAAGAUAGUAAAACGCAAAAAUGUCAAGUUCUGAUUCGGAACUAGAAGAGGAUGAGGAAGAAAUUCUUGUGUAUGUAGAAUUCGACAAUUGUGGAACAAACGAUAUGUUUAGUACUGAAAAUUUAAAAUUAGACAUGCUUGGAUUAGAUUCUGAUCAUCCAAUUAUGCAAGUUAAUGGCAAGUUUUUUGAAGGAACUUACGAAGAUGCUAUUGGAACUUAUUUAUUUUUUGAAAAAGAUGUUAAUCCAGUUAUAGAUGACCCAGUAUUUGAUAAGGUUCCCACACUUAAAUAUUUUAAAAAGACUAGAAAGCUUCUUAAAAUGCAACGGGCUUUUGUGGUGCCUAGAUAUGAAGUACUUGGAGAUUCCAAUCACAGUCAAAGUAUUCCUAAUAAGAAUACGAUAAAGGCAGCUGGAGUGCCACCAAAGUAUCAAGAAGAUGCAUUUGCAUUUUGGGAAAAUGCUCGAAAUAAAAGGAUAACUGCAUUAAAUGAGUAUCUUAGAAAACAAGAGUUCAGAAAAGAAUUAAGACUACGAGGUUUUGAGCCUGAAUCCGAAUCAGAUGAAGAUAAUCCAUUUGCUAUAUACAAAUAUAUAGAAAAUGAAUCAAAAGUAGCAAAAACCGAUGAUCAAAACAUUGACUAUGAAUCACAAAUAGAGAAAUUGGAGAAUACAUUACAAAUGACUGAAUUAGGCACUGAACAAGCGAAAAAUUCACCAAAAAAACUGACUGUUAUUGAUCCAGGACCGUCGACAUCAAAAAGCAGUAUGCCUUGGAUAGAAGACGAUGUACCAAAAAGCCAAUCGAUGGCACAGAAAGUGAAAAGUAUAGGUAAAGUCAAGGAGAAAAUUAUAAAAGGAAAAGUGGAGAAGAAGAUUUUGAGAAAGAAGAAGUUUUCCAUAUCACAUAAAUUAUUAAAUGAAACUUCCAACGAGCAGUCGUUAGAAAAUUCAGAUGACAAGAAUGAAUUUUAUCAGGAGGAUAGUGAAAAAUCGAUUAAGAAUGACGAAGUGAUUGAUAUUAACAAAUUAGAUGAAGCUGAUAAGGUCGAAGAUGCUUUAGGUACUAAAUUAGAAGAAAUGGAAAUCGACGAGAUAGCGAUAGAAAAUAGCGAAAGAUUAUUAGCGAACGAACUGAAAUUAAAUGAUUCCUUUAUUUCGGAUAAGAAUAAAAAAAAGCAAGAAAAGCGUGAGGCAAAGAUGAGAGAAAUAAGCGAAAAAUUGAAAGCACUUAGUCAGCCUUCUAAAGCGCCAAAUAGUUGAUAAUUAUCAUAUGCACGUGCCAUUUUAAAUGAAAUGUUCAACUCAAAUGUGAUAAGAUUAACGAGCAGUCAUUAUCAUGCCGGAAGACGAACGAGUUGGCUAGGAAUGAUUCAUUAAAUGACGACGAUCGGUU